AAGUUAUUUAAGGAAUUUAUGGUUAAUGUAAAGUGUUUGGACACCACCCCUCAGGUGAAUUUUGAUUUUGGAAAUUUAUUCUUCGAAGACCGUUUCUAUUUAUUAUAAAUACACUGAAUUGUUUAGAGGAAGUAGGGAAUACAUUACACAAAGACCACUAUGAGGCUUACAGUACAGAAGUUUGUGUUUGGCCAGAUAAAGACAACAGUAUUGAGAGCUCUUGGCAGACAGCUAAGCACACCUAGUUACAGUAUUGUGCAGCCAGGGGUUGUAGGUCCUCCUAGGUCCAUACCAGAUUAUAUCAGUAAACCUCCUUAUGCUUUAACAGGUGUUGUACCUCCUAGUCCAUCAGCCCCAGAGAUCAAAACAGAAGAACAGAUUGAAGGUGUAUGGAAUUCCUGUAAACUAGCUAGAUAUGUACUGGAUGUUGUCGCAAAGUCAAUAAAGGUUGGUAUGACAACAGAUGAAAUAGACAGAAUUGUACAUGAAGAAUGUAUAGCAAACAAUGCCUACCCUUCACCGUUACUGUAUAAAGAUUUUCCAAAGUCUGUUUGUACCUCAGUAAACAAUGUCCACUGCCAUGGUAUCCCCGACGACAGGCCGCUGGAGGACGGAGAUAUUCUUAAUGUUGAUGUCAGUGUGUUUUAUCAUGGUUACCAUGGUGAUGUGUCAGAGACAUUUAUGAUUGGAGAGGUAGAUGAAGCUGGUAGAAAACUGUUGACAGUGGGUAAACAGAGUUUAAUGGAAGGAAUAAAUGUUUGUAAACCAGGUGCCAAAUUCUGUGAUAUUGGAAAAGCAAUAAGUGAGCAUGCUUACUCAGAGGGUUUUGUAGUAAUACCUCAAAUCACAGGACAUGGAAUAGGCUCAUACUUUCAUGGACCUCCAGAUAUAUUUCAUGUUCCCUACGAAACUCCAGAAACAAUGAAAACAAUGGAACCAGGCAUGACCUUUACUAUUGAACCUGUGAUAUGCGAAGGUACAGAGAAGUAUAAAUUGUGGCCAGACAAAUGGACUAUUGUGUCCAAAGACAACAGUCGGUCUUGUCAGUUUGAACAUACAGUACUUAUUACAAAAUCAAGGGUAGAAAUAAUGACCAAAUGGUAUUACAAUGAUUAUGGUGAAAUAUAGAUCAUUAUAUUUAAAGGAGACACUGGACAAGCUUUCAUUCUAUCACAUGAUCAGGGUUAGAAAUGGUAAUGAAGUAGUUUUAUAGCAAGUACAGAAGUUUUAAGAAAAGAGUACUAAAACUACACUGCAUAUGUAUGCUAAAUUACUGUGUAUGUACUUCAGAAUCUCAGUACAUAAGAUUUAAAGAUUUUAAUUAGCUGCAAUUUAUAUCUGAAAUAUGUAUCUAGUAAAUACCAUGACAAUAUUAUAUACUGGAUAAAUGCAAGGAAGAAGAAUAUAAUUUGAUAGUCCAUGUACAUGGAAGUUUCAAGCUUCAAUACUUUGAAGUUAGUACAUGGAAAAGGUGAUACUGUUCAUGAAAUGAAAAAUACAAGCAUUGAAAUUAGUACAUGUAAAAAAAAAAGAUUUUUUUUUUCAUGACAUAAAAGUGUCCAGUUCUGAAUUUAGUUCAUGGAAAAAGGUGAUAUUGAUAACAUGAAAUUUAAAGCAUUUCAGUGCAUGGAAAAAAUAGUGAUAUUGAUAAUAACAUGAAAUUUAAAGCAUUUCAGUGCAUGGAAAAAAUAGUGAUAUUGUUCAUGACAUGGAAGUACUGGAAAAAUCAUAUUGAUACACAUUUCAUGCAUUAAGUUCAGAACAGGAAAGAAGUGAUAUUGGUAAUGACAUGGAUAUUUUAAGUUGCACGGAAAAAGUGGUAUUGUUCAUAGGCAAUUUCAGACCAGACUAGUACAAGAAAAAAGUGAUAGUGUUUGUGGCAGGAAAACAGCACCUUUUACAGCUGAAGAGGAGGCAGUAAUAUAAACUUGCUGGAAUGAAAGUGGGACCAUACACUUCAGGAUAUGGAAAUAAAAAUGGUAGCUGUAAAAUUACAGUAUUUUGUUAAUAACAAAAGUGUUAUGAAAUUGUUAUCAAUACUCGUGAGUGAACUAUGUUAAAAUGUGCCAUUUUUGCAGACUGAUGUUUUGUUACUUAUUUGCUGUAAAAUGUUUUAACAUGUUAUAUUAUCAUACACUGGUACUGAUUUCAUUUGCCAGUUAUAUGAUACUGAAUGUCAACAGAUCCAUUUUAGCUACUUGCAGUCAAAUGAAAAGUCCUUAAUGUAAAAAAUGAACCUUGCUUGUAACAUCACAUCGAAUGCCAGCAGGGUCUUCUAGCAAGACUAUAAUUUUUUUCAAAUAGUAAGGUUUGUGCUGUCACCCUUUCAUGGAGGUCCACAUCACAAAUUUUUUGCAUGUAAACAGAUUUCUCUUAAACUUUUAAGGUCAAAUGCUUUAAAACUUCACAGACUGAGAUAUUUUGCAUCAUGAGAUGAACUCACUACACAGGUACACAACAUAGCUCUAGCUUUUGUUGAAAUUAUGACCCUUCUUAACUAAGAAAUGGUUAAAGUUUUGCAAGUAAGCACAUUUCUAAAAAAUACUAUAGAAUGCAAUGCAUUGAACUUCAUACAUAUAUUAAGCAUUAUUAGAAAACUUCAUAGGGCAAGUGUUUUAACUCUAGCUUUCAUUUUAUUGAAAUUAGGCCUCUUUUUAGCAUAGAAACUUGUGAAAGUUUUGUAUGUAAGCAUGUUUCAUGUCUAGGUGUUUUAAGAUUUCUCAGGUCUUUGGCAACAUGAGAUGACCACACUUGACAAGUUUCAUAACUCUUGCUUACACAUUGUCAAAAUUAUGCCCCUUUAUUUUCCAACUUAGAAUAUGUUGCUAUAUAGCUUUAAUGUGUAAGCUGGUAUUAGGUUGAAGGGCUUCAAAUGGUUGAGCAAGCUUGAACAGCUUUUGUCAGAUAUUUGCAAUCAACCAAAAAAAAAAGUCCUAAAUAUAUGAAACAAUAUAGAACUUGCCACAAACUUGAUACUGAAUGUCAGCAGGUACUGGCAGUCAAAAAAAGUACUUAAUUAAACUUGCCAGUAGCAGGCUUGUUCACUGUUUUAUUUGUCUUGUUCAGUUCUUGCUAUUUUAUUGUGAAGAUACAGCUUCUCCAAUCUCUGAGAAUUUCAUGUUAAAGGAAUAUCAAAUGGUCUUCCAAUGCAUCAUAUAUUAGUGUUAAUAUGCUGUGUUUGUCUUAGUAACCUUGAAUAACCUUGUGUUUUACAAAACCUUUGUCUCUAUUUGAAAACUCAUCUUUCUGUGCUUUCCUAGAUUUUUUUUGUGUGUCUGGAUUGCAGUUGUUGGGUUGCAUUAAGAAUUGCCUUUGUUUGUAUGUCUGUCCAUCCAUCUGACUUUGUGUCAUACAUAUAUCGAAGAGUCAUGGAACAUUAUAGAAUUGUUAUUCAGAUUGUGAAGUUGUGUGUAUAGAUGCCAUAAGGACUUCACUCUGCCAGAACAGUGUUAUGGCCCUUGAAAACAACAUACUUUUUUUAUUCUCAGUUCAUUUUGUAUCAUGUUUCAUUAGUUAUUGUCACACAUGUCUCAAAAGGUAUUUAAUCAAGAGUCACAAAACCAUGUGUGAAUAUUAUUCAGCACUAGGGAGUUUUAUUUGGGAAUUCUUGUCACCCUUGACUUAGAAAUUUGCAUAGAAGCACAUAAAAGUUUGUGACACAUGUAUCACAAAAAUUACUUGAUCUUGAGUCAUGAAAAGCAGCUUUGAUUUUAUUUGGAAUUUACCCUUUGUCAUAUGUCGCUGUAUGACAUAAAUUGUGUUGGUAUGACUCUUAAUACAACAGAUCAGCCUUUCCAUUGUAUUUACAUGUUCAUCUGAAAGCUUGAGCAUUCAUCUUCAAGUUCAGGGAGUUUCUUCUCAGGUACUCAGCUCCUACACCUUAGCCCUCAGAGCCAUACACCUUGGCCCUCAGAGCCCUACACCUUAGCCCUCAGAGCCCUACAUCUUAGCCCACAGAGCCCUACACCUUAGCCCUCAGCCCUACACCUUAGCCCUCAGAACCCUACACCUUAGCCCUCGGAGCCCUACACUUUAACCCACAGAGCCCUACACCUUAACUCUCAGAGCCCUACACCUUGGCCCUCAAAGCCCUACACCUUAGCCCUCAGAGCCCUACACCUUGGCCCAUUUUACGUGCAGUUUUUAUGCCCCCAGCAUCUACUGAUGCGGGAGGCAUAUAGUGAUUGUCUGUCCGUUCGUCCGUAUGAGGUUAACCAAAUGGGACAGUUUCAUGUAGCACCAAUACCCCUUACUAGAAUGACUUGAUACUAAUGCAGAUAUAACCUGUGACCAUUCCUCGUCUUCAGACAUCACCUGACCUCAGUUUGACCUUGUCCUUGACCUCAUUUUGGACUUAGGUUGCUUUAUAUGGGCCAUCUCUUGGUUAACCAAAGGGGACCAUUUCGUCUAGCAUCAAUACCCCUUACAAGAAUGAAUUGAUACUAAUACAGAUGUAAACUGUGACCAUUCCUCAUCUUCAAACAUCACCUGACCUCAGUUUCACCUUGACCUUGACCUCGUUUUGGACUUAGGUGCAAAAUCUAUCAACAAGGAUGCCACUGGGGGCAUCAAGCGUUUAUUGAACACAGCUCCUUGCUUUAAAUUGUGUUGGUAUGACUCUUAAUACAACAGAUCAGCCUUUCCAUUGUAUUUACAUGUUCAUCUGAAAGCUUGAGCAUUCAUCUUCAAGUUCAGGGAGUUUCUUCUCAAGUACUGUCAGAGCCCUUCACCUUAGCCCUCAGAGCCCUACACCUUAGCCCUCAGAGCCCUACACCUUGGCCCAUUUUACGUGCAGUUUUGUAUCACCUGUUUUUAAGGAGUCUGACCAAAUAGAAAUCUUUGUUCUUACAGUGCUACCUGAGACAGAUCUACAAGAGGAUUUUCCGCCUAUAAUUCUUUUGUCCUGUCCCUCGAAGCUCAAAAAUUUGUGCAUCUUGUUAUUAGACUGAAAUUUUUAUUUCCUGAUUAAUGAUGGACUCUACAGUAUUAGUAGACUCAGUAUUAAAAAAAUAAUACAGGUGAGUAUUCUCAGAUAAUACAAUUUUGCUUACAUGCUAAGCAUUAAUAGAACUAACAAAGUUGUUUGUAGCCCCCUUGAUGCAUGUGCAGACCUCCUGAGGUCAAGGCCAUUUAUGUUCAUAACAGCAUCCCUGAAAACGAUAACUAGUCAUAGUAAAUUAAUAUUAACUAAAUGAAUGAUGUACAAUGACAAUCUAUAUAAUAAUGAUACAAAAUAAUCACUAUAUUUCAUAACGUAACAUAUAAGAAUAGAAUUAUAUUUGUAUAACAUACCCUAGUAAACAGUUUUGAAAAAGUGUACAAUGUAUCACAUGUUUGAUGUUUUCAAGUUACGUUGGCUCUGACAAAGUUUUGGGCAGUUUAAACUGAAUGCUUUGGGUCGUGACAGAGCCCAUGCAUGUUGUAAUUAAUUUGUACUUAUCUCAAAGUUUUACCACAAAGAAGAUUUAGAAGAACAAUAUUAUUACUGCACAUCACAAAUUAUGCGAUCCUUUGACAGUAUGAUUCUGUAUCAUUGUCUUAUAAGCCAUAUUUGGCUGGGUGUAUAACACAUGUUGUUUUUAUUUUUAACUGUACAUGUUAGACUAUGUAUAUACUGUUUAAACAGCUAUACGUGUGACACUUUAAUGAACAAUAAAAUUGUGUAAAGAUUG